CGGUCCCCGCGCCGUGACAGUGAACAGAAGUCGCUUCGGCGUGGGAAGACAGCGGGGUGACUGACUACCGGAAUUGACACUUUUUUUGUGCCAGAUCGGGUUCGGUUGGCAGUAAACCGGAGAGUGAACGCCGACUCAGCGUGUGGAUGAGCGAGAAAUACGCUUCAGGCAGCGUUGGACCCUGACUGCGCCCCCUGGGGCGGGUGAGAAGGGCAGCAGUCCGGCCGGCAGCCCUGGGGAGGGAGUCGCAGCUUCGUUAUAAGCUGGAGCAGCGGCGGCUCCCCGCGUCGCACGGCCGAUUACGUGUUGUCGGAUGCUUUCUUCUGACCGGAUCCCGUGUCUUUGCUUUGCAAGAGGACCGGAAUCAUACAGCAGCGGACCCCCCUUUCUUUGUCUCCGGCCGACCUGAAAGCUGUUGCCGCUUUGCUUCUCUGUAGAGGUGUGAGGUGUGAGGAGGCACCUUCGCCGCGGCUGGGGGACAAGCCCGCCCGCGUCCUCCCCGCCUGCUUUUUCCAUUAACCAGAGGCAGCGGGAUCCAAGCCACUAGGGACUCGUUUAAUUAGUUAUUGGCUUUUAACUGUGUAUUUAUUUUCUGGAGUUUUUAGGGCACUAUAUGACCGUAGGCUUGUAAAUCAAAUAAUUUAAUGUGAAUUUUCCGCCUUUAUAAGCUGGUAUAUUAAUUUUUCGUAGCAGUCUAAGAGGACUCGCUAAUUUUUGCGCAGAGUCUGUAUAAUUUCCGCACAUUAAGGCUUGGGUUUUUUCACGGAGCUUUUUAAGCGCAAAUGCGCUGCUGCUUUCUUGCCCUGGAGCCUUCGGGGCGCCUGCGGGUGAGGACAGCCUGACCUUGCACUCCGGGGAUGGCAGACGGGAUGGGGACGCAGGGGAGCCCCGUCAAGAGCUACGACUACCUGCUGAAAUUCCUGCUGGUGGGCGACAGCGAUGUGGGCAAGGGGGAGAUCCUGGACAGCCUGCAGGAUGGUGCGGCCGAGUCCCCUUAUGCCUACAGUAGCGGGAUUGACUACAAGACCACUACGAUCCUGUUGGACGGGAGGCGGGUGAAACUGGAGCUAUGGGAUACCUCUGGACAGGGACGCUUCUGCACCAUCUUCCGGUCCUACUCCCGCGGCGCGCAGGGCAUCUUGCUCGUGUAUGACAUCACCAACCGCUGGUCUUUUGAUGGCAUCGACCGCUGGAUCCGGGAGAUCGAUGAGCAUGCCCCGGGGGUUCCACGCAUCCUGGUGGGCAACCGGCUGCACCUGGCGUUCAAGCGGCGGGUGCCCACGGAGCAGGCCCGCGCCUACGCCGAGCGGAACGCCAUGACCUUCUUCGAGGUCAGCCCGCUGUGCAACUUCAACGUCAUCGAGUCCUUCACCGAGCUGUCCCGCAUCGUGCUCAUGAGGCACGGCAUGGAGAAGUUCUGGAGGCCCAACCGAGUGUUCAGCCUGCAGGACCUGUGCUGCCGUGCCAUUGUGUCCUGCACCCCCGUCCACCUCAUCGACAAGCUGCCUCUGCCCGUGGCCAUCAAGAGCCACCUCAAGUCCUUCUCCAUGGUCAACGGCAUGAACGCGGUCAUGAUGCACGGCCGCUCCUAUUCGCUGGCCAGCGGGGGCGGGGGCGGCAGCGGGGGCGGGGGCAGCAAAGGGAGCAGCCUGAAGCGCUCCAAAUCCACACGGCUGCCCCAGAGCCCCCCCCAGAACUAUGCCAAGGGCAACUGCAAGAUCUCAUAGUGGGUGGAACACGCAGGCCCAGAAGCCACAUGUGCCCCUCCUUUGUGGCCCCACCAAUGGGAGAGCUAGGACUGCAAAGCCCCGCCUCUUGUUACGGACCAUAACAAUGGCCUUUGGUGUAUCACUUUUGGGUCUUUUUUUUUAUAAUUUAUUAUUGAUGGUGAUAGUGAAAUUUGGUCAUGUCAGUUGAGACAGGGAAUUUGUGCAGCUCUCAUCCCAGCCUGCCUCCCGAAGUCCGCCCCCUUUGUGAUCCUUUUAAGGCAGUGUCUCCCAGCUGGCUUCUCGGGGAACCGCAGACAGCCCACAUUUUUGCUCCGGAGCUGGGAGGCUGGUUCUGUGGUUCCCUGAGGACCGGAUUGGGAAACGGAGCUUUAAGGGUCUCUGGCUCCGUUGCAUUUCCUUCCUGAUGGCAGGGAGGGCACAUCGCCCGUUCUCCAUAUCCGUCACGCUCCGACGACACACAAUGCAGGUUCCACUCUCUCUGAAGCUCUUCCCGGACUUUUUUUUUUUUUUUUUACUUUUUUUGCACCAAGUGUUAAGCCGUUUAAACCAAGCUGAUGGCGUUCAUGCUUCCCACUGAAUUUCCCAGAAGCCUCUCCCCGCAGGCAAGCACAAUGGGCUGUGUGACAUUCCUGUACGGCAUCUGCCAGCCUCCGACGCCUUGCCGUCAUCGUUUCAGGGUGACGUGCUUUAUUGCCGGCGAGCUGUUUGCUCUGUGACCAGCGCUGAACGCCUGCCGCUCCCGUGCCCGAACGUGGGCCUGUCUCUCGCCCGUGAGGUGUGUGUCGCAUUCUCUUCCGGGCUGCCAUUCAUCCCGCGUCGCCAACCACCGCUUCUGCUCAGCUUGGAGAACAUGCUCAGUGAUGGAACGGUCACUCCGCCCGCUGUCAGUCUCAGGGACAAGCCCCGCCCUCUGUCAGCCCGGCAAAUGAAGCUCCACCUCAUUCAGUUGCUGAUUGGCCUGUGUGGAGUUUCUGUGUGUUUCUGUCUACCUCUGUGUGUGUGUGUGUGUGUGUGUGUGUGUGUGUGUGUGUGUGUGUGUGUGUGUGUGUGUGUGUGUGUGUGUGUGUGUACAGGCAGCUGGUGUGUGGGGGUCUGUCUGAAAAUGGGAAUGUUGUGUCCUGGAUGAUUUUAACAGCUUCUACUAAACAAUCCUCUGAUUUCCUACCCCUCAGUCCCUAGUGUCCCUAAUACAGUGGUGCAUGAGCAGAUUGAAGUACACGUUACGAUUGGCUCUCACAGUUUUCUUUUUUUUAACCUACUUGGAGCUUCAUUGGCUAAAGCCGACAUUAGUUAUUACGUAAGGCUUGACCGCCACCCGAUGUGGUUAACGGUAAAAGUACGGUCAGAGAUUCAGCUCUGAGGGUGCCAUCAUAUUCCUUAAGGGUAACGUGUAAAUGUUAACUGUAAACACUAGUCUGUACAUCUGUACUGCUGUGUGGCUUUCGAAGGUGCUUUCACAUCUUGAAGGGGAAACUGUUUUUUAAAUUUUAAACUGUACAGUUCGUAUCUGUAAGAAUUUUUCGACAAUAAAAUGUUUGACACUG